AACGCCAUUUGCGAAGUGUAGGAAUUGGUGUGGAGGGAAGACAACACCACGGCGCAAUCUGCAGCAGUCAGAAAAUAUGAAGAAAUCACUGCCAAAAUUGAUUUUACUCGUCCUCCUAGCGUUCCCUGCAACUAUUAUUUUCAACAGCAGAGGACUCCUUGUGGCAGCUCAAGAUGCUACAGAGGAUGAGGAGGCAGCAGAAGAUAUUAUUGCAGAGGAUGAGGAUGAUGAAGCUGAAGUAGAAGAUGAUGAAACUACAGAUUUGACUGAGGAAAAAGAGGAAGAGGAGGAAGAUGCAACGUCGGGGGAAGCCAAAGCCUCUCCCAAUGCUGACACAACCAUCUUGUUUGUCAAAGGAGAGGGUAGGUCCAGCGGGGGAGGGACAGACACUCAAGAUUUUCCUGCAAACAACAUUGUGAAAUUCCUUGUUGGCUUUACCAACAAAGGCAGCGAAGACUUUGUGGUGGAAUCCCUGGAUGCCUCUUUCCGCUACCCUCAGGACUAUCAGUUCUACAUCCAGAACUUCACAGCUCUGCAGCUCAACACAGUGGUGCAGUCUCAAAGACAGGCCACCUUCGAGUACUCUUUCAUCCCAGCCGAGCCCAUGGGAGGUCGUCCUUUUGGCCUUGUCAUUAACCUCAACUACAAGGACACCAAUGGAAAUGUUUUCCAAGAUGCUGUUUUCAACCAGACUGUCACUAUCACAGAGAAGGAAGAUGGCUUGGAUGGAGAAACAGUCUUCCUGUACGUGUUCCUCUCUGGUCUUGGACUGCUUGUCAUUGUUGGGCUGCAUCAGCUUCUAGAGUCUAGAAAGAGGCGGAGACCAGCUACCAAGGUAGAGAUGGGUACAUCUAACCACAAUGAUGUUGACAUGAGCUGGAUUCCUCAAGAAACUCUGAACCAAAUCAUGCAAAAUAGACGAGAUAAAGCCUCUCCAAGAAGGUCGCCCCGUAAAAGAGCGCAGAAGAGAUCUGUGGGGUCAGAUGAGUAACUGCCCCAGGAAGAUAGAAUUCACCCUGUCCAUUGUGAGCAAGAACGAGGACAGUGCAACAAAGCCAUAUGAGCAUACACACAAAAUAAAUCCAUGAACUUGAGCAACAUAAAGAAAGAAAACCCAUUUUAGAAAACUGUAUAUACCUUGUCAUGACUGCAGCAAACAUGUCACUACAAAUGCAUUCUCCAAAUUUAUUUUAUAAAUGAAGUCGUUCCCUUUUUGUUUUAUUUAUUUUUACAAAACAGUCGGACAUAAAAUAUAAUUAAUGCUGUGCUUAUCUUACAAACCUAAAUUGGUGGGGUUGGGGUUGGGUGUUGUCUCAAUUAAGUUAAAUUUCUGAUAAAGAUUUGCCUUUGGCAUUUUGUCUCCAGGGAGUGUUUUUAGUGCUUCUGAAGAAAUUGUGAUUGGUAACUGAUUGUAAUAAUGACAAGGAGAGCCCUGGGUUUGUACUACUUCUCGGACAAAUGCUGGCUUUCUCCAGCCAGUAACAGCCGUGAGAUAGCUGCUGUGGUUUGUUCUGAUAUUUUGUAAUAAUAAUGGUGGCAGAAUUAGCAAUUUGUCUUGAUAAUGCUGCUAUUUCUGAACUGAAAUAAUUUGUAAUGGUAGAACCAGCUGACUGCUUUAAAAAAAAAAAUUAUAAAAUAAAAUAGUCCAUGAUUUUGGGAGACGCUAGUUGUGUAGCAUGUGUCAGAGAAGCAGAAAGUUUUUUUUUUUGUUUUUUUUUUUUUUUUAUAUACAUUUAAUGGUUUUGUUUUGCAUGGUCAACAGUAGUUUUGGGCUAUGAUACUCCAAUGUAAGUUGCAUGGAGAGAACUAAAAAAAAAAAAAAAAAAAAUAAAAAAAAAAAAGGGGGAGAAUGUAAAAGACUGAGAAUUGCUGUUCACCAUACCAGAAAGAUGGCAUCUGUGUUCUGUAAAAUGCUGUUUUGUAUAAUUUUAAUGGUAAAGACCACUGGAAAUAAUAAUUGCCUAGAAAUUACAUUGACCCACAGCUGUGAAUUAAUUGAAAAGAAAUGUAGUCCUGUGUAUCAGGAAAGGAAAAACUGCACUGUGACUUUUUAAUUGUACAUUUUGUACUCUUUCUCCCCCCCCCCCCCUUUUUUUUGAAUACUUUGUGGUGUGAAUUCCAAGUAAAGAAUAAAUUUACAUUUCUUUCCACAUCUGUUUAAUUGAAUUUAAGAAUGCCAAAUUAAACUUUGUCGAUUGUGUUUGUUACAUUACCCCCUGUAAAAUGAUGAAAGGGUAUAGCAUACAAAGAACAAUAAAGUACAAAUCUAAUCCA